UGCCUCUGGCGCCCGGCGAGCUGCGGUAGUAGGGAAGAGCGCCGUGGUCUCGCUGCUGGAGUUGGAUGGCCGAGGUGCAGCGAGGGAGACCCGGAGCGGCAGCUGCUACGCCGACGCGAAGCGUGCUGAAAUGCUAGGCACUAGCAGCGGUGGUCGUGGCCCCUCAACGGCGGCGGAUGGCACGCUUCCUUGCUACCACAGGGGAGGAGGGGAUCAAGAAGGGGUGGGGCCUAGGGAGGAGUGAGGGCGGCUCGCAGUGCAGUGCUAGGGUGAGGAGGGGCGGCCGACGGAUGUCAUGGGGGAGAGGAGGAGAAAGAUGGGGGCGGCGCCUAGGGAGGAGUGAGGGCGGCUGGCGGCGCGGCAGGUGAGGAGCGGCGGCCGACAGCGACCGACGCACUUCCUUGCCGUCGCGGGGAGAAGAGGGGAGGAAGAAGGGGUAGUGCCUGGGGAGGAGUGAGGGCGGCUAGGGCCCGGCGAUGCAGCGCUAGGGUGAGGAAGGGUGGCCAGUGGUGCCAUGCUUGGGGAGGACUGGAGGAGCGAGGCCGGAGCGAUGGCCGAUCUUCUGGGCGGGGAGUAGCCACCGCCGAGUGAGGGAGAGGUGAGGGAAAUGAGAAGAGAAUGGAAAGGGUUAGGAUUUGAGGGAAGCAGGCAUUUAACAGGCCGGUGGGAUAGGAGGAGAGGGGAAGCAGGCCUUUGACAGGCCGGAUGAUAGUCUAAGGCCUGCCAAGUUAACGGGCUAGGCCUAGGCCAGCACUACAGCCUAGGAGGUGGCCCAGGCAUUGCACGACGCAUAGUGCCGGGCCAGGUUGAGCACUAUCCACUAUAGGCCGGGCUGAGCUAGUGCCGGGCUUUUUUGGGCUGUGCUACGGGCCGCCCAGCAGGCCUAGCCCAUUUAGCCAUCGUGUGUGUACUUGCAGUCCUUUCAGGGUUAACUUGCCGCAUUGUACCUUAGUCCUUACUUGAGAGUAUAAAUUCAAAAAUAUGAAGAACUGCUCAUCAGACCACCGAGAGAGCAGGAAAUCAGGGGCGGCAAGAACGGCCACCGUGCUAGAGCUCAAGCAUCACUCGCUCACCACCAUCCCCGACGACCCCGCGGCCCGCGACCAGUACCUCCGCCGCCUCCUCGCCGCCGACGAAGCGCGCGCCAACUCACUGCAGAUCAAGAACAACAGGGGCGCAGCUGCGUCCACGCAGUCCGGCUCCUCAGCCGAGGUCCCACUGACCUCCGGCAUCCGGUUCCAGACUCUCAACUACGUUACCACCAUCGGUCUCGGCGGCGGCAGCUCCGGCUCCGCCGCCACCAACCUCACCGUCAUCGUGGACACCGGCAGCGAUCUCACGUGGGUGCAGUGCAAGCCCUGCUCCUCGUGCUACGCGCAGCGGGACCCGCUCUUCGACCCCGCCGGCUCCGCCACCUACGCCGCCGUCCGGUGCAACGCCUCGGCGUGCGCCGCCUCCCUCAAGGCCGCCACCGGCACGCCGGGCUCGUGCGCCACCACCGGCGGCGGCGGCAGCGAGAAGUGCUACUACGCGCUGGCCUACGGCGACGGGUCGUCCAGCCGCGGCGUGCUCGCUACGGACACGCUGGCGCUCGGCGGCGCCGCCAGGAUCGACGGCUUCGUGUUCGGGUGCGGGCUCAGCAACCGCGGCCUGUUCGGCGGCACGGCGGGGCUCAUGGGCCUCGGCCGCACCGAGCUUUCACUGGUCUCGCAGACCGCGUCCCGGUACGGUGGCGUGUUCUCCUACUGCCUGCCGGCGUCGACCUCUGGCGACGCGUCGGGGUCCCUCUCCCUCGGCGGCGGCGGUGGCGCGUCGCCGUCUUACCGCAACACGACGCUCGUGGCGUACACCCGCAUGAUCGCCGACCCGGCGCAGCCGCCGUUCUACUUCCUCAACGUGACCGGCGCGGCUGUCGGCGGGAACCCGGUGGCCGCCGCGGGCCUCGGCGCCGGCAACGUGCUCAUCGACUCCGGCACGGUGAUCACGCGGCUGGCGCCGUCGGUGUACCGCGCCGUGCGCGCCGAGUUCACGCGCCAGUUCGGCGCGGCGGGGUACCCGGCGACGGCGGGGUUCUCGAUCCUGGACACGUGCUACGACCUGACGGGUCACGAGGAGGUGAAGGUGCCGCUGCUGACGCUGCGGAUGGAGGGCGGCGCGGAGGUGACGGUGGACGCCGCCGGGAUGCUGUUCGUGGUGAGGAAGGACGGGUCGCAGGUGUGCCUGGCCAUGGCAAGCCUGUCUUACGAGGACCAGACGCCCAUCAUCGGCAACUACCAGCAGAAGAACAAGAGGGUGGUGUACGACACGGCGGGGUCCAGGAUAGGAUUCGCCGACGAGGACUGCAGCUUUGUAUAGAGCGAUAGAGCGAGACUGGAGGAUCACGAAAUGUUCAGAAAAGAUGAGUGAAAUGUCUUGUUUCUCGUUCCUUUUGGUGCUGUAAACUACUCGUUCUUCGCUGAUCUUUAUGCCGUUUAUUUCCCAUGUAAUCACUGUAGUUUUAAGGAAUAUACACGCUGUGGCCUAGUCCAUCUAAGCAUAGAACCCGAGUCUUGUGGUAACCAUCCCUGUUUCAGUCCGACUAGCUGCAUGAUUGAAGCCUUGGACUUUGGAGCUCA